GCCACCAGAGAAAGGUAGGGUUUCGUGGAGGCUUAUAUAUACACUUAACCUUCGCUUGUUUCUCCCAUGACAUUGGAAAAAUGUUGGACAUCAAUUUGUUCAGAGAAGAGAAGGGCUUCAACCCUGAGAUUAUCCGCGAGUCACAACGGCGUCGCUUUGCCAGUGUCGAUCUCGUCAACGAGAUCAUCAGGCUCGACAAAGAAUGGCGCCAGCGUCAAUUUGAUUUAGAGAAUAUUCGGAAAGAGAUCAACAAGAUCAAUAAGGAAAUAGCUAAGCUCAAAAUUUCAAAAGAUGAUGCGACUGAGAUGAUUGCAAAGUCAGAGGAGGUCAAGAAAGCAACAGCAGACAAAGAAGUUGAAGUACGUGAGGCAUGGAGUGUAUUGAAAUCAAAAUUGGAAAUAGUUGGAAACCUUGUGCAUGAUUCAGUACCUGUCAGUGAUGAUGAGGCAAAUAAUGCUGUGAUUAGAACAUGGGGAGAGAAAAGAAUGGAGCCUAAACUGAAGAAUCAUGUUGAGCUUGUUGAACUUCUUGGAAUUGCAGAUUUGAAGAAAGGUGCUGAUGUUGCUGGUGGUAGAGGUUUUUACUUGAAAGGAGAUGGUGUACGACUUAAUCUAGCUUUGAUAAAUUUUGGUCUUGAUUUCUUGGAGAAAAGAGCAUAUACUUCAUUACAAACUCCAUUCUUCAUGAGAAAAGACAUUAUGGCCAAGUGUGCUCAGUUAGCGCAAUUUGAUGAAGAGCUUUACAAGGUGACUGGUGAGGGAGAUGAUAAGUACCUUAUUGCGACAGCUGAACAGCCACUUUGUGCUUAUCAUAUAGAUGACUGGAUUCAUCCUUCUGAGCUACCUAUAAGAUAUGCUGGAUACUCCUCAUGCUUCCGUAAAGAAGCUGGCUCACAUGGACGAGAUACUCUUGGAAUUUUCCGAGUUCAUCAAUUUGAGAAAGUGGAGCAAUUCUGCAUCACCAGUCCAAAUGGCAAUGACUCAUGGGAAAUGCAUGAGGAAAUGAUGAAAAACUCUGAAGAUUUUUACCAGAUGCUAAAAAUCCCGUAUCAAAUUGUGGCCAUUGUCUCUGGUGCUUUGAAUGAUGCAGCUGCAAAGAAGUAUGAUUUGGAAGGAUGGUUUCCUGCAUCACAAUCCUAUAGAGAGUUGGUAUCAUGUUCAAACUGUACAGAUUAUCAGUCAAGAAGAUUGGAGAUUCGAUAUGGUCAGAAAAAGAGUAACGAACAGAUGAAACAAUAUGUGCACUUGUUGAACUCGACACUGACAGCAACCGAGAGGACCAUUUGCUGUAUUCUUGAGAACUACCAGAAGGAAGAUGGUGUCGAAGUACCAGAAGUCUUACAACCAUACAUGGGUGGCAAGACCUUCCUGCCUUUCAAAACAAAACCAGUUGCUGAAGCCAAAGGGAAGAAAUCUAAGGCUUAGUCAAGUCUCCUAUUAAAUUUUUGGAGUACAAACGCAGAUUGACUGAGAUAAGAGGAAACACUGAAAACUUACCUAAAUUGUUUGUGUAAUGAAUUGCCAUGAAGCAGGAUAGGCCUUUUUUUUAUGGAUGCCUUAGAAUUGUCAUUUAGUUAUAUGACCAGAAGAGUUUUCAAA